AUGCCAUUGAAACGAAAAUCUACUCGUCAUUCUCAGCAUGCAACAGACACGGAAAUGAAUGGUGGUGGUGACUCCAAAGAAGUAUCGAAUGCAGCCAGUGCUACAACUCUCAAAGACGAUAGAGAGCCUAAAAUCACCUUCUUUUCACAUUUGAAAGUUUUUAAAGUGAUUGGACUGUGGAAUUUAACAUUACUCUCUUUGGGAGUUAUUGGCUCCAUGGCAUACGGAGUGCUGCCAAUUAUUUGCCAAUAUAUUCUUGGAGAUUUGAUUGACGACUUUCUUGCUGCAAACUCAAACGCUGCAUAUCGAGCAGAAGCCAUUAAUCAAGUAUGCAUCAAAUUGACAAUUAUUACAUUCUGUGGUAUGGCUGCUUUUGGCUUGUAUCACUUUUUCCUUCAACUUUCCAAUCACAGAAUUGGAACUGCGUUAAGACAAGCUUACAUGGAUGCAUUGACAAGGCAAGAAAUGUCUUUCUUUGACAUUAAGAAAGUAGGAGCCUUAACAGUCGUGUUGAGUGAAGACAUUCCAAAGAUUCAAGACGUCUACACAAACGAAUUUUACAUUUUCAUGCAAGAAAUAAUUCAAUUCAUUGUUGGAUUUAUCUUGGCUAUUACUACCAAUUGGAAAAUGACCCUUAUACUUGUUUCGACCACUCCAUUGACCUACGUUUCACAUACCAUCAUGUCACUCUUAUCGACCAAGAUUACAAGACAAGUGAAUCGACUCACUGAACAUUCUGCUGGAGUUGCCAAUGAAAUUACAUCGUGUAUUAGAACCAUUCGAUCCAUGGCAGGAGAAAGUAAGGAAAUGGAAAGAUUCAAUCAAGAUUUAUACAAAAUUAAUACCAAGGGAGUAUUUAAGGGAACUGUUCACGCCAUGGGUUUUUCAUUUGCUGCCAUGUUUGUCUGGGGAACUAUUGCUUUAAGUUUUUGGUAUUCUGGACAUGAGGCUGCCAACGGAGGUACCACUUUAGGAUCCAUCUUUAAAGUAUUUGGAAUGAUGUUUGUGGGAGUGGUUGCCAUGAUUCGUGCUGCAACUUUUUUCCCACACUAUGGAAAGGCCUAUGCCAGUGAGACGACUUUAUUGAAGGUCUUGCUGAGAGAUCCUGCCAUUCCAUUAAGUGGAGGUAAAACCAUUGAACAUAUUGAAGGAAAUAUUCGUUUUGAAAAUGUGGAAUUUUCAUAUCCUUCUCGAUCGAAUGUCAUUGUCAUGAAAGAUUUCAAUUUGGAAAUUAAGAAGGGACAAACAGUUGCCCUCGUAGGACCAAGCGGUUCUGGAAAAUCCACACUUGUUGGUCUUUUAGAACGUUUCUACACUCCAAAUAAGGGACGAGUCUUUCUAGACAAUAUUGACAUUCAAGAACUUGAUCCAACCUGGCUCCAUCACAAUAUUGGAAUUGUCAGUCAGGAACCUGUCCUCUUUUCUGGUUCCAUCAAGUACAAUAUUGCCUAUGCUUUAGGUUUAGAAAAUGUCACACAAGAACAAGUAGAAAGUGCAGCCAAACAAGCCAAUGCACAUAAUUUCAUCAUUGAUUUACCCAAUGGAUAUGAAACUAUAUUAGGAGAAAAGGGAGUGUCCUUGUCUGGAGGUCAGAAACAACGAAUUGCCAUUGCAAGAGCAUUACUUCAAAAUCCUAAAAUGCUGGAUGAAGCAACUUCUGCAUUGGAUUCCGAAUCCGAACGAUUGGUUCAAGCCGCUUUGGAUGUGUUGAUGAAAGGAAGAACUACGAUUUGUAUUGCUCACCGUUUGACAACAGUAAUUAAUUCAGAUUUAAUUUGUGUGAUGGUGAAAGGCAUUUUGAGAGAAAAGGGAAGUCAUUCUCAAUUGAUUCAGAUUAAGGGUGGAAUCUAUCGAAAUUUGGCUGCAAAGCAAAUGAUGCUGGCUGAGGAACAUGUUUCCAUCGAUCGUGAUGAAUUGGAUAUUGAGGAAACAAUGGAUUUGGUGGUGGAUGAUGAGCAAAAUCUUGCCUUGGAAAGCUCUCAGGACAAACUUCACAAGGAUGAAUAA